UAUUUAAAGGUGCGCGCCGGAGCCGGCACCGCACAGUUGCCGGUCUGCGUGUGUAACUUGCUGCGCUCAUGGCUACCCAUCUGGAACUCAACAAUGGCGCCAAGAUGCCCACCCUGGGCCUGGGCACCUGGAAGUCCCCUCCUGGCCAGGUGACUGAGGCUGUGAAGGUUGCUAUUGACAUUGGGUACCGCCACAUUGACUGUGCCCAGGUGUACCAGAAUGAGAAGGAGGUGGGAGUGGCACUCCAGGAGAAGCUCAAGGAGCAUGUGGUGAAGCGCCAGGAGCUCUUCGUUGUCAGCAAGCUGUGGUGCACGUUCCACGACAAGAGCAUGGUGAAAGGAGCCUGCCAGAAGACACUCAGCGACCUGCAGUUGGACUACCUGGACCUCUACCUUAUUCACUGGCCAACAGGCUUCAAGCCUGGGAGUGACUACUUCCCACUGGAUGCAUCAGGGAAUGUGAUUCCUAGUGACACGGAUUUUGUGGACACUUGGACGGCCAUGGAACAACUAGUGGAUGAAGGUUUGGUGAAAGCAAUUGGUGUCUCCAACUUUAACCCUCUUCAGAUUGAAAGGAUCCUAAACAAACCUGGCUUAAAGUACAAGCCUGCAGUUAACCAGAUUGAGUGUCACCCGUACCUAACUCAGGAGAAGUUGAUUGAGUACUGCCAUUCCAAAGGCAUCGUGGUGACUGCAUACAGUCCCCUUGGUUCUCCUGACAGGCCCUGGGCCAAGCCUGAAGACCCUUCUAUCCUGGAGGAUCCCAGGAUCAAGGCAAUUGCAGCCAAGUACAAUAAAACUCCAGCCCAGGUGCUGAUCCGAUUACCUAUACAAAGGAACCUGGUGGUGAUCCCCAAGUCUGUGACACCAGCACGCAUUGCUGAGAACUUUAAGGUCUUUGAUUUUGAGCUGAGCAAUGAGGAUGUGACCACUCUACUCAGCUACAACAGGAACUGGAGGGUGUGUGCCUUGAUGAGCUGUGCCAAACACAAGGAUUACCCCUUCCAUGCAGAAGUCUGAAGCUGCGAAUUCCUGCUCUUCCCCAAGCAGCUUGCACCUGUUCUUCCCGCCUCAUGUGUCCUUGCUAGUGUCCUGUGUCCCUCUGCACUGGGUGACACCUUGCGGAUCACACCCAAGAGUUUGUUGGCUUGGUAUAGGUUUUGGAGAGCAGUGUCAGGAGCUGAGGUAUUUCUUCCAGCCUUUCUUGGUCUUUCCUCCCCACCUGGAGGAUGGUUAACGCCCUUUCCAGCCAAAGAGAACAAGAUUUAUAGUCUGAGUAGUGCCACUAACAGUAAGUUCUGAGUGCUUAGAACUAUAAGCCUUUGGGUCAGACUUCUCUUUGCCUCAAAUAAAAACUGCUUUUGUGAA